UCAUCUUUCCUUCUCCUAACUCAUCGACCUCGAGCUGCUUUUUCUUUGAAUCUGAUCGACCUAUAAAAUUUGUGUAGUCGUGUUGAGCCUGAUCCUGGUUGAUGAUGGUUGUCGCUCGUCAAGAGCCCGCAUGGGUGGCGCGCAGCUCUUACUAUGCGUCGCUCUACUCGGCCCAGCAAGCUUCGCCGACCGCCACUGAAAAGUUCGACAAUGAUGACGACCAGCAGCCGAAUGAUAGCAGUGGAUUCAAUGACAAAGCUGGAUCUGUGUUCUCUGCAGCAACGGAUCUCGCUUUCCGACCCACGACAGCGACAUUGGAAGGAGGUGCGAAGACGAUGACAAGUCUCUCGGACUCUAACGUUCAGUCGCUGACAAGCACCGGAGUCGUCUCAUCAACAGCGGUAGACUCUGUAAUGCAGUCUCUGACCACACCGAGCAUGACGACCAGUAUGACGUCGAAUCAACCAGGAGGGCAGUCUGUUGGGGGUACAUAUGCCCCAUCUGCCAUUAACACUGCAAGCUCUUCCGGAACCAAUGUGGCAAGCUUGACUCCCAGUCUCGACACGCAGCGAAAGGCUCAUCACGGACCGAGCACUACCGUCAUCGCAGGCGUUGUCAUCCCGAUAGUACUCUUACUGGCAAGUGGUCUUGUGGCAUUGACUUGUCUGCGUAGACGACGAAGACGUGUAGCUGUCUUGUCUACUGACGGGAUCGAUACCACCGAUAACAUCGUCUCCAUCAACGUAGCCAGGCCCAUGGCAAUGGUAGAGAAGGUUGCCGAGAAGAAGGUCAAUGUGGGUAGUCCUUCGCCAAACUUGACGACGACCAUGCUAUCACCUAUUGAUGAGGCAAUGGCAACGCCGCAGCACCCUCGGCCGAUCAUCACUUCGCCUCAGAAUCCGACUUACUUCACUGGCUUGGACACCUUCUCGGUGCACUCUGCGGCGACAUCGGAGGACCCUCCACCACCCUACAGAGCGCGGAGUAUGCUCAGCCAUACAUCGUCUCAGCGGCGUCAACCCAGUAUCACGACGACAGUAGCUGCUCUGGCGCCAGCCUCGCCGAUAUCACCUGCUCAUCUUGCCUCGCCGUUUUCCGAUGCCAAUACGGUGGGUGUGAGCAGGUCACCUUCUCAGAGAUCAUUUGCAAGCACUCUAUACUCAGAAACCGCUAGCGUGUACGAGGCACGAGCUGCAAGACGAAGUACAGGACCGGCAGAGUACACGAUUAAUCGAACAUUGUCGACAGGGGAUGAUGUAAGGGUGAGGUCGCCGUUCGAGGAUCCGGAGGAUGCAAGUGACGCUGAGCGAUCCAAUGAGGAUAGGAGUCGUUAA